GUCACAAUCCACAGGAUUCCACAGAGGGCUGAUCACCGCAGAACUUGCAAGGUGUGUAUUUAUGCAAAUUCUAAAAAAUCAUAGGCGUGCUUUUAGGCGAUGGAGUCACAGCCCGAACUCAGAACUCCUGGUAUACCAACGAGCUGCAAAGACGGUGAUGCGCACAGCUCGGACGUACUGAGGAACAACCGGAUGAGGAAACGUUUUCACGCUCUAUAAAGAAAGGACACAGAAAGGAAAAGGCAGAAGUGACGACUAUCCUUGAGAGAAUAUCUUAUUUACUGUCCUCCCUCAUCUCACGACAAAAGACGUGCGAGUCAACCAGAGUUAGCAGUUGUGUAAUUUAUUUACGUGCGCACUGAGUAGCCUAGCCUAUUUGCCUUGAUUUUGAUUUAUGUUACAAUAUAGAGGAGGUACUGCACUCUGACUGAAGAUACCGACGUGGAUGAAGUUGACAUUGCCCCUCUAUAGCCUACUGUCACAGCGCGUAAAAUCCACAUUUGGAUACGGUCCUGUCUCUAAAGAAACUUUGUAGUCAAUUGCCGUUACAUUUUCUCCACAAUGUCUGAAGAAGAUAAUAGUUGCACUGGUGCUGGUCCUAUAACUGAGGUUGAAAACAGCAAUAUCAGCGUUCUCGGCUGGGAACAAGUGCAGCGCCUUGAUGCCAUCCUGACGGAGACCAUCCCCAUCCACGGCCGGGGAAACUUCCCCACUUUGGAGAUGAAACCCCGACAAAUAGUGAAAGUGGUGCGUAGUCGCAUGGAGGAGAGGAAUAUCCACGUCCGGGACGUGCGGUUAAACGGGUCUGCUGCAAGCCACGUUCUUCAUGAGGAUAGCGGACUGGGCUACAAGGACCUUGACCUAAUCUUUUGCGCGGAUAUGAAAGGUGAAAGUGAUUUUCAGAUUGUAAAGGAUAUCGUUUUGGACUGUCUCCUGGAUUUCUUACCUGACGGGGUGAAUAAGCAGAAAAUAUCGCCAUUGACUUUAAAGGUAGGCUAUAUUUUCCAUGCAACAGUUAUUUAAAUAUAUCAAAUAGCUAUUUAGAAAUGGAUUUCAUUUAUGAAUAUGGCUAAUUGCACUUUUGCGAAUCUUUGAGAUUUCAAAAUACAAUAAGACAAGUUUACUGAUAGUAUAAUGUUGAUUUUAUCCAGUUAAGAGGAUUGCAGCAAACCCAUUUAAAGCAGAUCCAGUCUCUUAGGCCACCUACGUUCCAUAGAUAGGGCACCCCUUAUUGUAGUCUACAGAAAGAUGCAAAGAAAAUAUGUGCCAAUGUAAUUACAUUAAAACGUCUUUAUAUGGAGCUAUGCAAGAUUACCCGUUCCUGAUUUAGUGCAUGUAUCGGUUUAAUUGGAUUUAGAUUAGGAGUAGGCUACAGUAUUUAUAUCCAUGGCAGUUAUUCCUUUAAGACCAUAGUGGCGCAAAAGCCUUUAUACAGUACCUAGACAGUAUAUUUUUUAUCCAUUGACAGUUAUUCCUUUUAACUGAGCAAAUGGCCUUUACAGUAUUUUUAUCCAUUGACAACUGGAGCUAAAGGUUUAUUUUCCCUGUGUGUAUCUGUCUGACAGGAAGCCUAUGUGCAGAAGAUGGUGAAGGUGUGCAAUGAUUCAGACCGCUGGAGCCUCAUCUCCCUCUCCAAUAACAGAGGCAAGAACGUGGAGCUCAAGUUUGUAGACUCUCUGAGGCGGCAGUUUGAGUUCAGCGUGGACUCCUUCCAGAUCAAGCUGGACUCUCUGCUGCUGUUCUAUGAAUGCUCCGAGAACCCCAUGGCCGAGUCCUUCCACCCCACCAUCAUGGGCGAGAGUGUGUUUGGGGACUUUGGUGCUGCCCUCGACCACCUAUGCCAGAAGGUGAUCUGCACGCGCAACCCGGAGGAGAUCCGGGGCGGCGGCCUGCUCAAGUACUGUCACCUGCUGGUAAGGGGCUUCCAUGCCGACUCCGAGACGGAGAUGAAGUCCCUGCAGCGUUACAUGUGCUCGCGCUUCUUCAUCGACUUCUCGGAUAUCAGCGAACAGCAGCGCAAGCUGGAGUCGUACCUGCAAAACCACUUUGUGGGCCUGGAGGACCGCAAGUAUGACUACUUGAUGACCCUGCAUGGGGUGGUCAACGAGAGUACGGUGUGCCUGAUGGGACAUGAGAGGCGGCAGACCCUGGGGCUGAUCGCCAUGCUGGCGGUGCGCGUGCUGGCCGAGCAGAACGUCAUCCCAAAUGUGGCUAACGUUACCUGCUACUACCAACCAGCCGCCUACGUGGCAGACGGUAACUUCAGUAACUACUACAUAGCCCAGGUACAGCCCAUGUUCCACUGCCAGCAGCAUGCCUACUCCACCUGGCUACACUGCAACUGA